CGAACAUUGAGAACUUUCCAAAAAUGACACCGAGACAGUUUUUGCCUCAUAGCUCCAUUAAUUUCCAUGUUAUUUCAGUGUAAUUCAGCUCUAAUUAAAGCCAAUUAAAUUCUCCACAAACCUGUUAACUAAGAUUAACAUUGACACUGGGUUUUUGAAAUGAGCUUUUGUGAAUGCUAACUCUGUAUUAAGAAUUUUACAAGUACAAAUUUCUGAUGAUAUUGAAUAGGAAAAAAAAUCAUAAUUCUAUUUCUAAAUCUCAGAAUGUUUGAUAAAAAUACUUUAAUUAUCAAAUAUAGAAAGUUUGAUGAGGCUCUGAUUUCUUGAAGUAUUUUUCAGAAGCACCUAAAGAUGAUUUAACAAGAGUAUUUUUGGUAUUUACAAGGAAAAUUCUAUUUCCUAAGCCUCAAAUACAAUUCCGAUAAAAAAAUUAUCGGAUCCUGAGUAAUAUUUCGAAUAAAAUACCCACUGUCUGUCAAAAGGUUAAAAAAUUUAAACAACUUUGUGUCUGUGUCGCAACAGUGGCAUAUACCUUGAAAAUUGAAUAUUUUCACACGUUCUUAUUGUUCUUACGGAUAUUGUUCUUGGCAAAGAACCAUGAUGGUAAUUUUCGAAGGCGGCUCCUUAUUAUCAUCAAAAUAAUUAUAUAAAAAGAUUAAUGAAGCAUUUUAAUGGAUGACUGACUAAGCAAGCCAAGCUUGCUAACGUGGGUGUAAGAAUUCGAACAUCUUUAAUUCAAAAGGUUAUUAUUGGGGUUAAUUUUCAUCAAUUUAAGGCGUAGGUACCCAGCUAAAAGGUAUAUACUAGUCAUUCAAUUUCAAACAAUGGUCUGUUGAAGUGUGUCCUUAAACUUCUUCAAAGUGGCGGACAGUGAAAUCAGUGUACGACGUUCCAAAAAAAAUCAAAAUAAUGUCUUCGGAAGUUAAGAAAGCCGAAGAAAAUAAGGCAAUUGAAAUUAAAGAGGAAGAUGAUGUUAAAGAAAAAGAUGUUGAAGAAGUUAAAGAAGUAGAAACAAGCUUAGGACAAAAAAUCAAGGAUCAAUGGCAGUUGAUUUUGAAAAUAAUUCAAUUGGUAUUUUGUUGUCUUUGUUUAGGCAUGUACUUUCCACCUGCAAAUCAAUCGGCAAAUUUAGCCAAACACCAUUUGGAACAAGUGGGGCUUAUUUUUUUGGCUUUCAUUGGCUACAUUUUAAUUAAUGCUGUAUUCAUUGUCAGUCGUUGCUUAAAAGACAAAAUCCCCUUCAGGAUUUCUGCUUUGUUUUCUCUAAUAGCUGCCCUUCUAUUCUUUGUAUCUGGAAUACUGCUUAUAGUGGAUAGAAGAGAUAAAUUCCAAGGGACCCAUUACGAGCCUCAUAUGUAUUUGGCCAGUAUGCUUUCAGCUGCCACCGUAUUUUCGUUUGUGAAUGCUGUUUUAUUUGCCGUCGAUGGAGUGUAUACUUUUAUAUUGAAGUUGGAUUUUUAAUUGGUUUAUUUUAUGUAAAUUAUUGAAUGCCUUAUCAAAUUCCGUCCCUUUGUAUAUAAAAAGUAAAAUGUUUUAAGUAGUUUAUAAUAAAAAUAAUUAUUUCACUUUUCUCUGUAUUUUUUCAAUUAUUAAUUGAUCAUCA